GCUUCACCGCCGGAGCGAAGCAGAGCCGGAGAAAGACGGAACCGGGAGGAGCGAAGAAAAAGCAGAAGGCCCGGAGCUGAAAAAGAAGGAGAGCGCUGAGGCGGCUAGGCCCGACGCGCCCCCGCCCCGACCCCCGCUGCCGCCAUCAUGGAGCAGCAGCACCAGCAGCAACAGCAGCAGCAGCCCGUCAGUCGGUACCAAGUGCUUCAUAAUGAAGAUGAUCCUGCAGAAUCUACAGCCGAACAACCGUCCACUUCUACGGAAACUGCACCAGCCUGUCCAACAGAGGCACCUUUACCUGAGGUGGAUACUUCCCCUCCACCUUAUUGUACCAUCGCUACAGAAGCAGCUGCACCAACAGAAAUGGAAUCACCCAACGAAUUUUACCCAGUGCCGCCUCCCUACAGCGUAGCUACCUCUCUUCCCACUUACGAUGAGGUGGAGAAGGCCAAAGCUGCGGCAAUGGCAGCGGUGGCAGCAGAAGCAGCAGCCCAAAGACACGGCCAUUUUAGGGAGUCUAGGAGUCUGUUUGAUGAAAUAUUCCUGAGUCCACCAGAGGAAGAAGAAUAUCCCCCGAGAGAUGACUUCAGCGAUGCAGACCAACUCCGUGUGGGGAAUGAUGGCAUUUUUAUGUUGGCUUUUUUCAUGGCAUUCAUUUUCAACUGGAUUGGAUUUUGCUUAUCAUUCUGUAUAACUAACACCAUAGCUGGAAGAUAUGGUGCAAUCUGUGGAUUUGGACUGUCUUUGAUCAAAUGGAUUCUUAUUGUCCGGUUCUCAGAUUACUUUACUGGCUAUUUCAAUGGACAGUACUGGCUUUGGUGGAUAUUUCUUGUACUUGGCCUCCUUCUAUUUUUCCGAGGUUUUGUUAAUUACCUGAAAGUUAGAAAUAUGUCUGAAAGUAUGGCGGCAGCUCAUAGAACAAGAUUUUUCUUCUUGUAUUAGAGGCUGCAGCAACCAGACAUUCCUUUCUCUUUAUCAAAUGUGAACUUCCAACCCACCAGUUACCUUCCGACGAAUAGGGAAAGAUGACUACUGUAUCUGAAGCAGGAUUCUUUUUGCAGCUUAGUGAAUGACAGAAUGGUUCAAGCUUUAAGUGCUGGUUCUGUUCAUUCUAGUCAAUAUUUAUAUUAAGCAUUGCCUUUUGUCUUGCACAUGUAUACAUAUACAAUAUAUAUAUGUGCUAAUCAGCAAGAACUUUAAAAAAAUAAAAUCCAUGCAUAUAGUCUGCUAAGCAGCUGAAUACAGUAAGACUUAACUAAAAUCAUGUUUGAAUCUGGAAUAUUUUAAAGGGGUAACUGUUCUUCACAGUAUUAUGUACUAUCCAUUAUGUUGGUCUAAUGAUUUUUUUGAGGGGGGACGCAGGCAACUUGUACCAACUUCUCGGGACUCUGCUGGGAUGUAUAUUACAUUCAUCUGAUUAUGCACAUUAGAACAUUUUUAAUCAUACAAUUUGUAUCUCCAUAAAUAUGUGUUGAAAAGCUUUUUUUUUUAACUGAGGGCUGAACAAGAUUGUCCCAGUACUUUUUUUUUUUUUUUUUGGUCGUGGUUUAAUUGUGUAAAAUUACCCUCUUCAUAGAUGUUGGCAAUAUAAUGGCGUAACGUAUAAUGGAGUUUUUAAAUCACUGCCAUUUUGAAAUCCGGGAGGAGCUGAUUUCAUGAAGAAAGCAUUAAGCUGCCGAUAUCUUACAGCUUCAUACAUUUGGUUUGAUAUUCUUAGCUUAAGAGAAUAAGGAUUGUUGCUGCCCUGCUACCAUCUUACAUAAUUGCAGGAAACCAGAGAAGAAAUACAAAUAGAGUCACAAGAUUAGUUGUCAGUUUGAGAAGGAGUUGUGUUCUUUAGCUCUUUCCACAUUAUUUAAUGCAAUUUUGCUUUGACAGAGAAACAUGGGCUGUAGCCCCAUCAGACUAGUAGCUGUUCAGGUUACAGAUAUUUGGGGGUGGAAAAAAAAAAGAAGUAUGCAAAUUAAAAGCUUCUUCUCAUCAAUUGAACUGCACAUGGCUAAUUCAGCUGGAUGAUUUGAUUAGCAUAAGCCUCCCCACAAGAAAGCUUUACAUCUAUAAUGCGAAAAGAAUUAAUAUGUGGAUCUGAACAAGGGCAUAUUCUAAGUGUGUGACUGAAGGAUGAAUUUGGAUCCCAUUUCCAUGGG